UUGCAUGCCUUUUCCAUCUUGUGCAUGAAACUAUAAAUUCCUUCAAAACUUUCCCAAAUCUGCAUUAUUAGACACAUAAACAUGAACUACUCAUCUUCUAGAGUUGGUGUUGUAAUUUUCUUGCUGGUUUGUUCAUUCACUCAAACCCUUCAUGCUCCCCACCAUUAUCACCGUGCAAGCGAUCAUGGGAAAGUUGUGGAAUUCGGAGAGGAAGGACAAGUGCUACCGAGGUCAGGGACGGAGUUUGAGAUGAUGGGGUCGAGCCUGCCAGACUGUUCGCACGCGUGCGGAGCGUGCUUCCCGUGCAAGAGGGUGGUGGUGAGCCUCAAGUGCUCCAUGGAUGAGUCUUGCCCCAUUGUGUAUAGGUGCAUGUGUAAAGGCAAAUACUACCAUGUUCCUUCCUAUUAAACCUUUUGUUUUGAGUAAUAUUCAUGACAUUG